CUCAUAAAUGUGCAUUACGUUUUCCCACGUGUGGUAAAGUUUUUUUUCAGAAUUAUAAUAAUAAUUAAACAUGGGGAAAAAAACUAAAAUUGGAAAAGACAGAAAGGAUAAGUUUUACAAGCUAGCAAAAGAAACAGGUUUUCGCUCUCGGGCUGCCUUUAAGCUUAUUCAACUUAAUAGAAAAUUCGGAUUUCUCCAACAGUCACAAGUAUGCAUAGAUUUAUGUGCAGCUCCAGGUGGAUGGAUGCAAGUCGCAAAACAAAAUAUGCCUGUAUCCAGCAUUGUCAUAGGUGUCGAUUUGUUUCCAAUAAAAACGGUGCCCGGAUGUAUAAGUUUGAUUGAGGAUAUAACAACUGAUAAAUGUCGAUCUUCUUUGACUAAAGAACUUAAAACAUGGAAAGCAGAUGUAAUUUUGAAUGAUGGAGCACCCAAUGUGGGUAAAAGUUGGAUCUACGAUGCGUAUCAACAAAUUUGUUUGACGUUAAGUGCUGUAAAGCUAGCAUCAGAGUUUCUGCGGCCAGGCGGUUGGUUUGUCACUAAGGUCUUUCGGUCAAAAGAUUACAAUGCAUUAAUAUGGGUACUAAAACAACUUUUUAAAAAGGUGCAUGCCACAAAACCAUCUGCAUCACGUAAAGAAUCUGCAGAAAUUUUUGUCGUUUGUCAAUCUUAUAAAGCACCCCAAAAGAUAGAUUGUAGAUUUUUUGACCCAAAAUUUAUUUUUGAAGAGUUGGAUAUUGAGCCGCAAAUUAAAAUAAACCUCUUAAAAGAAUCAAACAAGAACGAUAAAAAAGCAAAGCCUAAGGGAUACGAAAACAUUGAUGUCCGCAAAAUAUUGCCUGCAUCAGAAUUCAUAGCGGCCGAAAAUGGUUUAAAUUUGCUUGCAAACACAACUGAAAUAAUUCUUGAUACUCAAGAGAUAAAGGAUCAUAUAGCUACAACAAAUGAAAUAAUAGCAUGUUGUCGUGAUAUCAAAGUUUUAGGAAGAAAAGAUCUAAGGGAGGUACUAAAAUGGUGGAAAAUCUUGCAUGAACAUUUUUAUGGUAAUAAACAGACAAAUGACAUGUCAUCAUCACAAGAAGUUGUAGCUGUAGCAAAAUAUGAAACGGAAGAGACAGAAUUACAGAAUAUUCAGCAAAAUAUUGACGAAAUGCAAUUGGAACAGGAACGUGAUGCUAAACGUAAGAAAAAGAAAGCAAAUAAAGAACGUUCAAAAUUAGCCAACAAAUUAAACUUAAAAAUGGUAAUACAAGGAGACAGUGGCCCUACAGAAGAGGGUGAUGGAAUGAUGUUUUCACUAGAGCAGGUCAAAAAUAAAAAAGAGCUUGAAAGAUUAAUAGAUGUUGAGCCAGAUCUAGUUGUAGAACGAAGAAAAAAAGUAAUUUCCGAUUCAAAAUCAAAGUUUGUGCGAUAUCAAAGAGAUGAAAAAGGUGACUUGUAUGAAGAUGACAGUACCUUGAUGCAAGAUGAAGAGGAAAAUAGUGAUAUGGACUUGGACCAAACUGGCAAAAUGGCAUUUGAAGGGUCCGAAGAAAGUAAUGCUGAUGAAGAAAAGUAUGAUAACAAUAUUGAACGCAAUCGAAACCCGUUAAUAACGGACUUGGAUUAUCGAAGUAAGGAUGACAAAAGAUUAAUGAAAGCCAAACUUUGGUUCGAAAAGGAAUCUUUCAAAUUAUUGAACAGUGACAACGAAAAAGAAGAAGACUUCGACCUUGAUGCUCUUACGCAUGAAUAUGAAAAUAAAGGUGUAUCAGUUGCCAAUGUAGCAAAACAAACAGUAGAUUUGGAAUCAUUGGGAAAAAAGGCUAAACGCCGUGUUCGAUAUUUGGAUAACGAAUAUAAUUCUUCAUCUAGUGAGACAGAAGAUGAAGGACAAAUUUCCGAGUAUGAAAAAAUAGAAAAAGUUAAUGGGUUGAAUGGCUUUGAAAUAGUAACAACAGGACCCAAAGUGAAAAAGGUAAAGUUAUCAGAAGAAGAGCUUGCACUAGGUCAAAUUAUAGCUACAAGUCGAAAAAAUCGAAGAGACGCAACUGAUGCUGCUUGGAAUAGAUAUAUGUUCAAUGAUGAAAGUCUACCUGACUGGUUCAUUAAAGAUGAGGCAGAAACAAUGAAAAAAGGCACGCUUAUUCCAGAAGAGCUUGUUCAGAACUACAGGAAACGGGUCGAAGAAAUGAAUGUUCGUUCAAUAAAAAAAGUGAUUGAAGCUAAAUCACGUAAAAAGCGUCGGGGCCUUAAACGUCUAGAAAAGGUUAAGAAAAAAGCAGAAACAAUUUUGGAAAAUGUAGACAAUACAAAUCAAGAAAAAAUUAGAGCAUUAAAAAAAUUAUACAGAAAGGCAGAUAAUAAGAAAAAAGAAAUCACAUAUGUUGUAGCCAAACGCACAGGUAUUGCAGGAAAGAAAGUAAGAAGACCAAAAGGAGUUGAAGGUCGUUUCAAAGUUGUUGAUCCACGACUCAAGAAAGAUAAACGUGGAAUGGAUGCAGUUAAACGUCGAAAAAUAAAAAAAUCUAAAGCAAAAAAAUAGGCUUACUUAUAGUUUGUUUGUUUUUACGUAGAUUUUGUAAUAAAUCUAACAAAUACAUAUUAAUAAUAAAA